AUGUGGGGAAUUGGUGGGGGUGCGUCGUUGAGACUGGAUGUAAUAGGUGUAGGAAAAUUGGAGCGUGUUGACAGGAUCAUUGGGAGCAGUUAUUCCCCAAUCCGUAAAACACCAAACCCAAAUUUCCAAACUCCCAAUACCAACCCCAAUCCCCAAAUACCAAUCCCCAUUCCUAAACUCCCGAUCCUAAUCAUUAAACCCAAUCCCGAAUCUCUAAAGCCCAACCUCAAUCCUGAACCCAAUCCCAAUCCCAAAUUCUCAUUACCAACCCCAAUCCCCAAUCCUAAACUCCCGAUACUAAUCCUCUUUCCCAAUACCCAAUUCCCAAACACUCCCAAUCCCCAAUCCCAAUUCAAAUACACAAACCCCAGUCCCAAUCCCAAACUCCUAAUACCAAUCCCCAAUCCUAAUUCAAAUACCCAAAUUCCCAAAUACCCAAACUCAUCCCCCUUCCCCACUCCACACGAGAGACUCCGUGACGAGACUCCGAUCACAGAGAUUCCUAAACGGUUCCGUAAGCUGCAUCUUGAAGACAUUGAAGAACCUCUGCAGUUUUUUCUCAAAGCUUCUCGCGGGAGAGACCAAGAGAGAACAAGAUUUUGA